AUGACAUCAGUUUAUCUUGCAUUCGAUUAUCUUUAUCUACUUAUGCAUAUUAUACAAAAUGAAACUUGGUGGUCAUCAAUAUUAACACCAUCAUCAUUAAUAACACAUUUAUCCAUAAGUGGUCAAUUACAAUCUUAUUGUGAUUUAAUACGUCGUCAUGAAUUAUAUGUUGAAUAUUUAACAUCACUAAUAACACAUCCUCAAUUGUUACUUUUUUUUUUAUUUGAACAAAAUGAUAGAUGUACAUAA